AUGUUAGGAGUUUUGCUGCACGGGUUGUUUGCUUUCUGCCCAACAAGAGUGCUGAGGGCCGGCCUCGUGGAGACCUUCACUGGAGGGCUCCAACUUCUGAGCAAGUUGAGAUCAGAGAGCUGGCUGGAGAAGUGGUUGUGGAACCUGCGCAUCCAGAUUCCCACUUUCUCUGACGCGCAAGGUGGCUUCAAGUUCACUGUAUCCGACGGACUGUGUACCAACUUCAAGUUGCAGCACAUCCGUACAGAGGCCGUGUAUCAAGGCCUGAGCAUGACAGCUGCUUGGAGAUGUUCCGGACAUGGAGGGGGUUUGGGGUUGAGGGUUUGGGGGUUCGGGGAGCGCUUUAAUUUAAAUUGCAUGGACUCAUAUGAGGGUGUUCAGGGCUCAGGAUUUUUGGUUGUGACUCCUAUUCUACUAGACUGA